AUGGUGGUCAACCACUCACGGUGCUCUGCACCACGCCAGGCCGUCAUGGAGGGGGAGACCGUGCACUUCACCAGCGUCCUGAAGGCUACAGGUGUCAACCUCACCAUCUUCUGGAGGUACAUACUUUUCAGUGAAGGUGACUCCAUACACGACAUGACUUACUAUGUAAGUAUGAGAUUGUUUACGAUGUAAGUGUGAGAUUGUUUAAUAUAUAAGUGUGAGAUGGUUACAAUGUAAGUAGGAGAUGGUUACAAUGUAAGUGUGAGAUGUUUACAAUGUAAGUGUGAGAUGGUUACAAUGUAAGAGUGAGGUGGUUACAAUGUAAGUAUGAGAUGGUUACAAUGUAAGUAUGAGAUGUUACUACGCAAGAAUGAGAUCGUUAACUGUAUGAGUAGGAGAUUUUUUUAUUGUGUAGCUAUGAGAGGGUUACUAUGUAAGAAUGAGAUGGGAAGUCACUUGGGAGCCAUAUCAUUCGUUUGAGAAAGAGACAUUAAUGCCCAAAUGCCCUUUGGGAGCCAUUCCAUUCGUUUGAGGAAGAGACCCUAAACCCCUUUGGGAGCCAUUCCAUUCCUUUUAGAAUGAUACAAUAAGGCCCUUGGGAAGUCAUCUCGAUGCCCAUAGCAUACAACCCAAGUCUUUAAGGAAGCUAAAAACGAUCAUAUGAGACUACCCAAACACCUUAAUGAAACCACCACAACCCUCUAAAGAAGCAAGCCAAACGCCUUUAGGAAGAUAUGCAAACAUUCAGCUAAUCGCAACAAACUGCAGCGGUAUCACGAAAUGAGCACAAUUCGCAACGCCCCCCCCCCCCCCCCAUGUUUGUAGGUUUGAAGAAUAUCGCUCUACUGACCGCCGCUUUCUGUAUGAGGUAGACAGUUUUUACACGGGCAACGUGUAAAGAAGGGACUCUUGUCGAUGGCCUCAUUGGUAUUACUGAUACCGAUGUUAGAAGAAGACUUAACAUCCCUCAUGCAGCAGAUUAUAUAAUAGUGACGUUUUAAGCCGAGGUUCUUGUUGGUUUGUAGUUGGUUUUUUGUACGUGCAUCACCAGAGUUCAGGACGAUCUCAAAAAUGUUAACACGCCUCCCACCCACCCCCUCUCCAACUCCUAGCACUCAAUCGCUCUGAUUCCGUUGUUCGUAGAUUGGCUUCAUCGUUCUGGCCAAGUGUGACGGCAAGAGGGGCGAGGACAGACCGGACCGGGGCAUGGUCGCGGGCGCUUGUUGGAUGGACGGCGACAACAUCAGGACGUACUUGGAGAUCAAGGCCUCGACGAAGUACAACGCUUCCAAAGUCUACAUGCUCUGGUGUGGCCCGGGCCUGUACUUGAAAUCCGCCCGCAUCGCUUUCCCGGUUGUUCUACGUGAGUAACAGAAACGUAUGCUCCAAUAGCCCAUUCAUUCGUUGGACUACGACACGCUGAUACAAUCGCAGUCUUGCAUUUAUUGCUAUGGUUACAUUGAGGCCGUAUUGAUUUCUUAACCCUAGUCCCGACGUCUACAAUCCUAAUCACGAUGGGUUUAUUUUAUUCUAACCCCGAUGCAUUAUUAUCCUAGUAACGAUGUUAACCUUCCUAGUACCGAUGGUUUCAUUUCCUGUCCAGAAGGUUUCCUAUCCUAUUCCCUAGUACCGAAGGUUUCCUUUUCUAGUCCCUAGUACCGAUGGUUUCCUAUCCUAGUCUCUAGUACCGAUGGUUUCCUAUCCUAGUCCCAAGUACCGAAGGUUUUCUAUCAUAGUCCCUUUUACCGAAGGUUUCCUAUCAUAGUCCCUAGUACCGAUGGUUUUCUAUCCUAGUCCCUAGUACCGAAGGUUUCCUAUCCUAGUCACUAGUAACGAAGGUUUCCUAUCCUAGUCACUAGUACCGAAGGUUUCCUAUCCUAGUCCCCAUUACCGACGGUUUCCUAUCCUGUCCAAAGUACCGAUGGUUUCCUAUCCUAGUCCCUUGAACCGAUGGUUUCCUAUCUUAGUCCCUAGUACCGAUGGUUUCCUAUUCUAGUCCCUCAUACGGAUGGUUUUCUAUCCUAGUCCCUAGUACCGAUGGUUUCCUAUCCUGUCCAAAGUACCGAUGUUUCCUAUCCUAGUCCCUUGUACCGAAGGUUUCCUAUCCUAGUCCCAAGUACCGAAGGUUUCCUAUCAUAGUCCCUAGUACCAAUGGUUUCCAACCCUAGCCCCUAGUACCGAUGGUUUUCUAUCCUAGUCCUUAGUACCGAAGGUUUCCUAUACUAGUCCCUAGUACCGAAGGUUUUCUAUCCUAGUCCCUAGUACCGAUGGUUUCCUAUCCUGUCCAAAGUACCGAUGGUUUCCUAUCCUGUCCAAAGUACUGAUGGUUUCCUAUCCUGUCCAAAGUACCGAUGGUUUCCUAUCCUAGUCCCUUGAACCGAUGGUUUCCUAUCCUGUCCAAAGUACCGAUGGUUUCCUAUCCUAGUCCCUUGAACCGAUGGUUUCCUAUCUUAGUCCCUAGUACCGAUUGUUUCCUAUCAUGGUCUGUAGAACAGGUGUUAUUCUAUCCUUGCCCCAAUGGUUUGAUUAAACAUUUUUUUCAUUCCAUGCCAAGCUUGGUGAUACAUUUUGAAAUUUGUUUUUUGUACCUCCUUCCUGACCAUCCUGACCAUCCUGACCAUCCUGACCAUCCUGACCAUCCUGACCAUCCUGACCAUCCUGACCAUCCUGACCAUCCUGACCAUCCUGGCCUAACUCGGAUAAGGUGCCAAUCCUACCAACAACAUACCCGUAAUUUAAGGUCACCUGGAUGUGUUGGAUCUCCUUUGUUGAUCAUUUAAAUACUAACCUAUUACAUUUCAAAUCUAACCUAUAAAACUUAAAUACUAACGUAAAACAUUUAAAUACUAAUCUAUAACAAUAAUGUAUUUCAAUACACCAAGAACAUUCACUUGCCUCACAUUGAUGGAUAGAAAUUCACCACAAACCCAUCAAACGUGUCACAGUGGUUCUCCCAACCACAUGUCGUGGUUUCAAGAUGCGUGUAAUGAUACUGGGGGUAAUAGAAACUGGAGUAAAUGACACUUGGGGUAAAAGACACUGGGGCUAAAAGACACAUGGCGUAAAAGACACUGGGGCUAAAAGACACUGGAGGGUAAAGGACAGUGAAGGUCAAAGAAACCGGGGUAAAAUUCACUGGGGAUAAAAGACACUGGAGGGUAAAUGACAGUAAAGGUAUACGUCACUGGGGCAAAAGACAGUGUGGUAAAAUUCACUGGGGUAAAAGACAGUGUGGUAAAAUUCACUGGGGUAAAAGACAGUGUGGUAAAAUUCACUGGGGUAAAAGACAGUGUGGUAAAAUUCACUGGGGUAAAAGACAGUGUGGUAAAAUUCACUGGGGUAAAAGGCAGUGUGGUAAAAUUCACUGGGGUAAAAGACAGUGUGGUAAAAUUCACUGGGGUAAAAGACAGUGUGGUAAAAUUCACUGGGGUAAAAGACAGUGUGGUAAAAUUUACUGGGGUAAAAGACAGUGUGGUAAAAUUCACUGGGGUAAAAGACAGUGUGGUAAAAUUCACUGGGGUAAAAGACAGUGUGGUAAAAUUCACUGGGGUAAAAGACACUGCUGUAAAAGAUACUCAGGUUAAAUGACGCUAACGGUAAAAGGCGCUGGGUGUAAAAGACACUAGGGUUAAAAGACACUGAGGCUAAAAGACACUAGGGGUAAAAGACAUUUGUGGUAAAAGACACGGGGGUAAAAGACACUGGGGCUAGAAGACACUAAGGGUUAAAGACACUGACAGUAAAAGACUCUGGGGUAAAAGACACGAGGGGUAAAAGACACGAGGGGUAAAAGACACUGAGGCUAAAAGACUCUUGGGGUAAGAGACACGGGUGAGAGUAAAAGGCACUGAAGACAAUUGGGUAAAAUUUUACAAAUAUGAAUGUAACUUUCCUAAGUCUUUUGUAUUUUGGAGUACAAAUGCGCUCUACUGUGUUACCUGUUGUUGGAAUAGUAAGUCCACACCCUUGAUCUUGACUAGUAGUACACUUCUGUGGUUUCAAACCCAUAUCUAGCAACACAUAUCACGUCUACUGGAUUACAGAAAGAACACAUCAUACUUCCUGCAGAAAAUAUACCAUGUUUUAAAUCUUGUCAUUUUUCUAUGAUGAUUUUUUAUUCUUUUUGUUAAAGAGAUUUCCAAUGCCCUUCGCAUACAUUUAUAGACCAUUAUUUUCAAAAAGACUACCAGGCAUUCGUGUCAGAUUGUAUUUAAAAGCAUCUACAUUUUUGUUUUCGUUCUUGAAAUGUUUUUAUAAUGAUUUCUCCUGUGCCAAAUUCUCAAAUAAUUAAGCUCAUUUUCAUGUGUGUGUGUUUCAGAGAAAGAAUACAUGACUCUGACCGUCAACAGCCAAGACGUCAGCCUGCGUGAGGGCGUCCUGCCCCUGAAACCUAACCGAUCCAACUACGUCAUCCUGUGCACCAUCAACAUGGUGCGCCCCCACAUACGGGCGUCGUUCAACGGGGAGCUGUUCGAGUCCCCCGUCGAUUGCCUCAAGCACUCCAUCAGCGUGACGUCGGCCGGCAUCGGCCUGUCGUAUCAUGUGAACGUCGAGGAGAGAGGCGGUGACUGUGAGAGGACCAUCAAUUCGACACUUGUGGUCCGCAAAGGUAAUGUCUGA